AGAGGCGGGACUGGUGUGAAACUGACAACAGCUGAAUCACGCGGAGCGGUGGCAUUGCACAGAGAGCGCAACAGUGAGCGGCGGCGGCGGUGCACAGAUACACACAGACACAGACACACACACACACACACACAGACAGACAGACAGACAACAGUGAGCGGCGAGAGCCCGGUGUCCCGAUCACUGGCCGGGACCGGCACUGUUACCGUGUUUGAGCUGAGAACAGAAAGGAACAACUUGUGCGCCUGUCUACAGAGAGGGGGGGAGCGGCGGGCAGCAAUGCUCCCACACUUUCUCCUGCAGACCAGGCAGAGCCUGAUGUUGCUUAAGUGUUUGGGGAGAGGAGUUCGCGUCCCCUGGAUCGACGCAGCUGUCAGGACGGGAGCGUGUCCCACCAGCCGGCGAGCCCACAUCCAGCCACCGGGCGCUGCAACACUGCCCGCCCGCAUCGGUGCAUGCAGAGGACUGUACACGACAGCUAGCAAAAAUGGGCCGACAGAGAACGAAGCCAGGAGAUCGGAGGAUGGUGAGGAUAAAAAGCUCAACAAAUCCCAGCAGCUGAAACAAGUCUUCAAAGAAUACGGAGCUGUGGGAGUGGUGUUUCACACUGGGAUAUCACUGACUUCACUUGGAAUCUUCUAUCUGGCUGUUUCAAGUGGUGUGGAUGUAACUACAAUCCUUUACAAAAUGGGAUUUAAUGAAACAGUGGUGCAGUCCAGGAUGGCAGCUGGAACCAGUACCUUUGUAAUAGCCUACGCCGUCCACAAGGUCUUUGCCCCAGUACGAAUGAGCAUUACCUUGGUUUCGGUGCCACUAUUAGUGAGGUACUUUCGCAAGAUGGGACUUUUUAAAACUUCUCCUUCCAAACCAUGAAGAACUACCGAGGAAUCCCGUUUAAGACACAAGGAUAGAUGUGAAGUAUGAGUAUAGUACAGUGGAAACCUAUCCUGUGGUCACCCUCCCAGCCUCAGGCAUGUUCACUGCUUGAAAUUUAUUGGCAUUAAAUGCUGAAAUUGUCUUAACUUGAGCACCAUGCAGGGAACAGCAGCUGCUGGGUAAAAUUAAUCCUGGUGACAAAUUCCAUGUGGCUAACCUGCAAUUUAUGGUGCUUGUGACUAUAUUUACAAGUUACACAAGGUACCAUAACGAUGUCAAAAGGACAAUCUGAAUGGAGGGAACAGAAUUGCUUGCUUUACCAUGAUUCUUGAAGACUAAAAGGAAACUGCAACAAGUUUAAUUCUUCGCCAAUGCCAGGUAGUAUCCAGCAAUGUGAUAAUACAGUUGGGCUGCAGGUUACAUCACUGAUUAAAUCUUGAAGUACUUAAAGUGAAGCACCACUUCAAAGGAUACACAUGUACCCUUCAAAGCCAUUAAAAUUGAAUUCCUUGAUCUAUGGAUUCCUGACAGAUGAUGCUUUUGCUGCAAUUUCUCAGAGGACAGAAGGUUAACUUGAGUUAUUGUUUAAGUCCAGUGAUCUCAAGUAGUCAUGUAAUUGUGUUAACAUGUAAUAUUACAUGUGUUGACCUAUCGUGCAGAAAUGUGAGAUAAUUACUUUGAUCACAAAUUGUCAACUUAUUAGUUUGGAAAAGUUAGUACAUGCAAGUUUUUGACCCACAUGGUCAAAUGUCUUUAUUGUGCAUGUUUUUAAAUCCACUUACUGCAUUGGUUUUUUCAUAAACAUUUCCAUUGAUAUAGGAAAGUGACUGAUAUGACACCAAAGUUCUUUUAAUAUUAGCAUAUCAAAAAGAUAAAACAAACAAAUCUGCAAGCCUUAUUGAGCCAUUUCUGAUAAGUAAGAAGUAUGGUUAAAUUACUGGAUGAUCAGCCAAUGAUCUGGACAUCAUACCAGAAGCAUGAACCAAAAUCAGACAGGGAAUUUAGAGUAAAUCUGGAAUUUAAAAUAAUUGUUAAAGCUCAAUCUUGUUCACCAAUGCUCAAGGAAAACACCAUCCUUACCUGAUCUGGCCUAAAUGCAACUCCAAAACCACCCAUGUGGUUGAUUUGUUAAACUGCCUCAAUUUAGUGGCAAUUAGGGAUGGACAAUAAAUGCAACAUCCAGAUCCCAUGACAAAAACAUUAGUAAUAUUAAACACCAAUUCCUAUUCUUGCAGUCUCCAGUCCUUCAACCAAAGUACAUUGACCUUUUUGGAAAAUAGACUACCAAGCAAAACUUGAGUCAGCCUUCACAUUUAACUGCUGCCGACACUAAUCCAGAGGGCAGCACAGUUGCUGCCUCAAUGCCAGAGGCCUGUGCUCAAUUCUGACCUCAGGUGCUGUCUGUAUGGAGUUUGCAUGUUCUCCCUGUAAAUGCACAAAUUUCCUCCCACAUCCCAAAGACAUGCUGGCUUGUAAGUUAAUUUGCCUUAAAUUAUCCUUAAUGUGUAGUGAAUGGAUGAGAAGGUGGGUUAACAGAACUAGUGUAAAUGGCGAUUGAUGAUCAGUGGACUCUGGGCUGAAGGGCUGCACCACUAAACAUUAAAACAGAAUUAGCAAAAAAUAACCAUUUCAUCCAUCAGAUUCACCAACUUGGGUGAUGGCUAACUGUCAAUUCCAAACUACUUUACCUGGCUAUUUUAAACAACCAACACAAAUCCUCAAGUUGCGAAUGGUCAUACCGGAAGUGUUCUGGCUUCAAGCUUUAGUGGGAGCUAAUAAAGGCACAUUAAAUGGCUGAAGUAUCAUGGAAACUAUAACACUUAAGAGUACAGUGGGCAGUUUAAGAUUUCUUUGCAUCUCAAAAAAUAGAAUAGUCAACCAUAAACCUGCCUUCAUUUCAAAUAUAUAUAUUUUCCCUUCCUGUCUUCUCCAGGAUCAGAACUGAUGGUCCAUUCGUUCAGAUUUCUUUUAUCAUUGCCACUGACAAAGAAUAAUUUUCAGACAGCACCAUAACUAAAACAACCAUGGCAUUUGUAUUAAGGGAUUAUAAGUCAAGCACAUUAAUAAUUGCGAGUCUGAAACAGCAUGUUGUACGAGCAAUAAUCUCAGAGUAAUUAAAUAAUGGCAUAACAGCACCUAAAGAGCUCGUGAAACACUCUAGGAUUUCACUAUGCCUUUUAAAUAAAUCUGGUGUUUGGACUUUAAAAUUAAAGUAGCUGACCUUGACAGUUCAAUAAUAUUGGCAAGGCAAAUACUUAAGCAAUGGUCAAAUCAAGUUUGUUGUACAAUGUUUUUAUUUAUAUCCACUUUGGUGAAUUGGCAUCCUAUCAAACUUUGCUGUUUGUAUUGUUUACACAAAAUCAAAAGCAAAAAGAAAUCAUUUGUUACUAAAGCUUUAUUUUCAAAAGUUGACUGGUUUGAAAUACAAAUGAAACUACCUGUACAGUAAAUUUAUAUUGUGAACGGUAUAAAUUUGAAAGUGUGGUAUCUGUAAAUAAAAGUUCUCUUUUAUUGAAA